CAGCCCGAGCCCGAGCCGGCCACCCUCUCCACCCCGGACGCGGGCAGAGGCCCGGCAGCCCAGCGUCCAUCUGCGCUUCAGAGUCGGAAGGGCGCUCCUGGGACCCUGGUCGGUCGCGCUCCCCCGGGAUGCGAGUUCCUGCACCGACGCCCCGCAGAGGCCGGCAUGGGCGCGGCUACUGCCCGUGCACUGGGAUGAAGCUGUCCCGGGGGCCCCGGCGUCCCGCCGCGGCCAGCUCCGCGGGCCCCUGAGGCCGCCGCCCUGAGCGCUCCCCCGCCGGGCGCCCGGAGCCGCCUGGGGCGCCCUCCAAACCGCCGACCCUCCUGCGGUCCCCCCGAACCCGGGCCCAUGGAGCCGGCGGUGCUGGCCUCGCACCACCUCCCGCACCACGAGCCAAUCAGCUUCGGCAUCGAUCAGAUCCUGAGCUGCCCGGAGUCCACCGGGAGCGGCCUAGGCCCGGGUCGCGCGGGCCAGGGCCCCGGGGAGAGCGCGGCGUUCUCGGGGGGAUUUCACGGAGCCUCGAGCUACGGUCCCUCUGGCGCGCUGGGCCCGCUCCCCGGCAGCUCCGGCCUGGGCCCGGGCGGCGUGAUCCGCGUCCCCGCGCACCGCCCGCUGCCGGUGCCGCCGCCCGCGGGAAGCGCGCCUGCGGUGCCCGGCCCCUCGGGCUUGGGCGGCACCGGGGCCCUGGCGGGGCUCACCUUCCCUUGGAUGGACAGCGGCCGCCGCUUCGCCAAGGACCGGCUCACGGCCGCGCUCUCCCCCUUCUCCGGGACGCGCCGCAUCGGCCAUCCUUACCAGAACCGGACCCCGCCGAAGCGGAAGAAGCCGCGCACGUCCUUCUCGCGCUCCCAGGUGCUGGAGCUGGAGCGGCGCUUCCUGCGCCAGAAAUACCUGGCCUCGGCGGAGAGGGCGGCGCUGGCCAAGGCCCUGCGCAUGACGGACGCUCAGGUCAAGACGUGGUUCCAGAACCGGCGCACCAAGUGGCGGCGCCAGACGGCGGAGGAGCGCGAGGCGGAGCGGCACCGCGCGGGCCGACUGCUCCUGCACCUGCAGCAGGACGCGCUGCCGCGGCCGCUGCGGCCGCCGCUGCCCCCAGACCCGCUCUGCCUGCACAACUCGUCGCUCUUCGCGUUGCAGAACUUGCAGCCCUGGGCCGAGGACAACAAGGUGGCUUCGGUGUCCGGGCUCGCGUCGGUGGUGUGAGCUCCGCCUGCCUGGCUGGCCGAAAGCUUUCCCGGACCGAGGCGCUGCGUGGAGCGCGGGGCCCCAGGGCUGUGGGCGCGCGGCCGCCCUCGCCGUGGUCCUGCAGCAGCGCAGCGCGCGAGGAGGAGCCGGCCUUGAGCUCUCUCUCCUCGAGGGCUCCUCGGCCGCGGCCGGCUCCCAGGCCCACGUGGCCUGCUAGCCCCGCAAGCAGACACUCGGCCUUUCCCGCCGUUUUCCGCCUGGAUUGUCCCACGGCUGCUGGAACCUGAGGGGCCGACUGGGCGGGACCUUCAGUACAGUAGCCAAUGAGGUGCGGAGAGGGGGCGGGCCGGCCAAUGGGAGUUGCUUCCCCUAGGGACUCCGGGGGUCUUCUGCAGGUAGGUGGGACUUGCGGAGCCAGAGCAGGUAAAAGGUGAUGCUGCGAUGGGGGCAGCCCGCACUGGCUGGGUGGGUACCAAAGGUGUGAUGGGAGGAAAAUGCCAAUGACAGCGGCGUAAUGGAAGAGGUGCUGGAGAAGGAGUCUGACUGUGACAGCAACCAGAGGGUUAUCCAUGUUGGGCAUCACAUCUUUCUACUGUAAAAUAAUCGCUAAGGAUUCUU